AUGUCGACGCCACAGCACCGUGUGGUGGUUUGGGAGCAUGAAAUGUCCGACCGGUGCUCCUGGUUGCCAUACAGUCCGUCCGUAACUCAGCUGCUGGAGCGCGCCUAUACCAAGAACCUUACGCGAGUGUUGCUAAAGGAUGCCGACCCUUCAUUGGCUCUAUAUGAGGUAGACCUGGUUCAGAUGGUACAAACGCAGCACGGUACGGUUAGCUUGCGCAAUGCUAGUGUCCGACGGUGUUUAUAUCCACCGAAUUCGCCAGCUGCGAUGGGUAUUAAAUGGGAAUGGUACGGUGCUAAUCCGAAGAUUGCGUGGCAUCGUUAUCCGCUCGACAUCCAGUCACUGAUCGAACAAGCGUGGUCCAAGGGUGAAACAAUGCUCGAUCUGAGCAACACAGCACUGAAAAAACCAUUACUGAUUGAUUUGACCAGUAUGAAUCAAACCAUGAGCGGACGGCGAAACCCUAUAGUCAAUCCGAUACGGCGCAAAAAUCAAGCACCUUAUCCGUUGCUGAAGGUGGCAAUACCGUCCGAUACGAUCGGUUUAAUGGGAGCUGCCAGUGGUGGACAGGGUCCGAACACCGCACAUGCCAGCAAUUCUAGAACUGGCAAUUCGCAUGGCACUAUGAACGUGGGAAGCUCCGGUAGUCAACAACAUUCGGGCAAAUUGACUCAGAUACUGAACAACAUAUUUGGAAGCAAAUCGCAUGCACCGGUGAAUGACGGUGUGCAUCAGCAGCAGGAACAGCAGCCGCAAUCGCAAAGCUCAAAGUUAAUGGCUGUUCCAUCGGGUUUAAAUCAAAUUACACAAUCAAACAGUUCUCAAAAGAUCCAGCACGGCGCACAACAAUCAACUCAACGCAAUCGGUACGUAUUUGCAUCUGGACGUUCAUACCAGCAUCAGUGUGUUGUACCGGAAACGCCAGAGUUAGCACGAUUGCAACAAACGGAACAAACGAAGAUUGCCCACCGUCAACAGUUUGGGGGAGGUGGUGGUGGUAGCAGUGACGCAGCCAGCAGCCAUAAAGCGCGUCGUCCGAGCGUGGACACAGUCUCGACCUAUCUGAGCCAUGAAAGCCAAACUAGCAGCCGGCACCAUCUUGAUUCCUGGGAGUUCGACAUGCUGAACAGCUCCAUGGGUAGUGAUGAAGUAUUCAUGCCCAGCACGUUUGGCUCAUCUACGGACCAACAAUCUUUACGCCGUCACGCCAUUGUAGCACCUGCAGAAGACAUUGCGUCGCAUCCCGAAGAUCUUUUGCUUCGUAACAAAAUGGAGGCUCAAUAUCAACUGCCAACACCUGAAUCAUUUCCAGCACUUUUGUCGCUAACGAAUGACCCUGCUAAUGGUCUACAGGUAGUCGGCGUAACGCGUGAAUCGAAGGCGAUUGCUAAAUACGUACAGGUGGCCGAUCCACCACGCUGGCCCCGUGCCCAGCCUUGUCCAAUGUGUAUGGAAGAGCUACGUCCCGGCAGUCAGAAGGUAAACGUGGCAUUGUCCAGAUGUAAGCAUCAGAUGCAUCUGGACUGUCUGAAUUUGCUGCUGGUGAAGCAACGGCGCAUAGUCACUUCACAAAAGAACUAUUACAUCGAAUGUCCAACCUGCAUGUCGGUAUAUGGGGUGAAGAUCGGCAAUCAACCACCAGGAACGAUGACUUACCAGCUUCUUUCGGGUGGGCUGCCCGGCUACCCGCCCACCGGCAUAUAUGAAAUCACUUACAAUAUAACCUCAGGUGUACAGGGACCGCACCAUCCCAACCCGGGUGCAGCAUUCUUUGCCGUGGGCUUUCCACGCCGAUGCUACCUGCCGAAUACUCUGCUUGGUACCAAAAUUUUGUACUAUCUUGAUGUUGCAUUUCGACGAGGGCUACUCUUCACCAUCGGUCGCUCCGUAACGACGGGCGUUGAGGAUGUAGUGAUGUGGACCAGCAUAGAACACAAAUCCCAGGUAUCGAUGUAUCCAGAUCCACUGUACCUUGAUCGUUGUUUGCAACAACUCGUACAUCUCGGUGUUACAGAUUGA